UUGAAGAAAAUUCCUUUAAAAAAAGAUUGAGAGCGUUUUCUCAGGGAAUCCACGUGGUCUAAUAAUAUUCGCACUCCGACUUUAAUUAAAAGGCAGAAAACACGUUAAAAGCUGGAAACUAAAAUAUGCAAACGAACUGAAACUAACAAACAAAUGUUCUGAGAGACGACCGGACGCCCCAAGCAGCAGCGAAGAGAAAUAAAAACACCAAAAACCUCGUGAACUGAGUGUCGGGAGUUUCACAAUGCCGGAGGAAGAUGAUUACAAAAAGCAUGGUGAACCCAGAAAAUAUGACCCUAGCUUCAAAGGGCCAAUCCAAAAUAGAGGCUGCACAGACAUUAUUUGCUGUAUUUUUUUCAUCGUGGCCAUAGUUGGAUAUGUCGGUGUGGGAAUACUGGCAUGGUCUCAGGGUGACCCUAGGAAGGUGAUCUACCCCACAAACAGCAGAGGGGAAUUCUGUGGUCAAGCUGGAACUCCUUUGGAGAAAAAGCCCUUUCUGUUCUACUUUAACAUCCUGAAGUGUGCUAGUCCGGUAGUCCUCCUAGAGUUCCAGUGUCCCACCACUCAGAUUUGUGUGGAAAAAUGUCCUGAUCGAUCCAUGACGCUGGUAACUGCCAAUGUUAUUCCCAGUGACUGGGAAUACUACAAAUCCUUCUGUAUAUCUGACCCAGGAAAUAUGGCCCCUACACUGAUUCUUAAAGAAGGGCUUUGUCCUGGUGUGCUCAUACCUACCAAACCAUUUACCAGGAGGUGUUUCCCUGCACUUGGCAUAAAAGGAAAUGAGAUCACUAUAGGAAACCAUACUGAUUUUAAGGAUGGACAGGGCAACACUGUAAAGGCCAGUGACCUACUACCUGCCGUAAAAAAUGCCACAAUAAUUGCAGAAACUCGAAUGGUGGUAAUGAAGAUCUUUGAGGAUUUCACACAGUCAUGGUAUUGGAUAAUCCUUGGUCUGGUCAUAGCAACAGUUCUGAGUCUGAUCUUCAUCGUAUUGCUGAGGUUCCUGGCUGGCAUCAUGGUCUGGGUUAUGAUUGUCAUGGUCAUCCUUGUCAUUGGAUACGGUAUCUUCCACUGCAGUAUGGAGUAUGUUCAUCUGAAGAACAGUCCUGGGGCCAACAUCACCCUCAAGGAACUAGGCUUCCAGAUGGACUUGAAUGUGUACCUGCAUAUCAGGCAGACCUGGUUAGCUUUCAUAAUCAUUCUGGCAAUAGUGGAGUUCAUCAUCAUCCUGCUCCUUAUCUUCCUCAGAAAGAGAAUAUUAAUCGCCAUAGCUCUCAUUAAAGAGGCCAGCAGGGCCAUUGGUCACGUGAUGUCAUCUCUGUUUUACCCUCUGUUUACCUUCCUUCUUCUGUCAAUUGUCAUUGCAUACUGGGCCAUCACAGCUAUCUUCCUGUCGACAUCCAACGAAGCAGUGUACAAAGUGUUUAAUCAGACUGAGUGCAUUUACGCAAGUAACACCUGCAACCCUGAGAACUACACCAUGUCUGAAAUGAAGACCCAAUGCCCACAGUCUCAGUGCCUUUUUGCUUUUUACGGCGGCGAAUCUGCCUACCACAAGUACCUCAUUCUCCUCCAGUUUUACAAUGUCUUCCUCUUUUUCUGGUGUGCCAAUUUCGUGACAGCCUUGGGCCAGAUGACUCUGGCAGGUGCCUUUGCUUCCUACUACUGGUCAUUCAACAAGUCUCGCGAUAUGCCAGCCUGCCCAGUAUUUGCCUCAUUUGGAAGAGCUCUCAGGUAUCACACAGGCUCUCUUGCAUUUGGUUCUCUCAUCUUGGCUAUCGUCCAGGUCAUUAGGGUUCUGCUGGAAUACCUGGAUCACAAACUAAAAGCGGCACAGAAUAAAUUUGCCAAGUUCAUCCUCUGCUGCCUCAAAUGCUGCUUCUGGUGUUUGGAGAAAUUCAUCAAGUUCAUCAACAGGAACGCUUACAUCAUGGUGGCCAUUUAUGGUAAAAAUUUCUGCACGGCAGCUCGAGAUGCCUUCUUUCUGCUAAUGAGGAAUGUGAUCAGGGUGGCUGUCUUGGACAAGGUCACGGACUUCUUGUUGUUUUUGGGGAAGCUCCUUAUUGUGGGCAUUGUAGGAAUCAUCUCCUUCUUCUUCUUCUCUGGGAGAGCAAAAGGAGUGGAUGUUGUACCCAAUUUGAACUAUUACUGGGUGCCCAUUCUGACGAUCGCAGUGGGCUCCUACUUGAUUGCCCAUGGCUUCUUCAGUGUGUAUGCCAUGUGUGUGGACACACUCUUCCUUUGCUUCUGUGAGGACCUGGAGCGCAAUGAUGGCUCCGCGGCUCGGCCGUAUUACAUGUCGUCCACGCUGCACGACAUCCUGUCGAAGAACACGGAGGCGCCCGCUGUCAAUUCUUCAUCGUCACCUCAGGAGGAAGAGGUCCCACUGAGAGCACAAAGGGUCUCCGUGGAACAAUGCACUAUCGAUGAGCAUCCAGAGAUUUAUCCUUCUGUCUAAGUUUUAUUUUUGUCUGAGCAGAUGUUUACUUGAUGCCAUUACGUGUGCAGAACGCACUCACCAUCAUGAUUAUCACUACUUGUCAGUCUGCACGAUCUGUCGUUACCGUUAUUAUAACUGAGUGGUUAAUGCUAUUUAAAAAAAGAGAAAUUUGAUUGAAAUUCCUUUUUUUGUAAACAAAGCUGCUUGCGAGUGAGACAGACAACAUGGGAUCAGCAUGGACCCCACAGCGGUGGUGUGUGUCUUGAGCGUGGAGUAAUUCUCAACAACCCGAUUGCAGAGAAUGUGUGGCCUAAAGCUUAAACCAUAGCUAAUAUAAAAUGUGGUGUACCGUCUUUUGUCAAAGGAAUACUAAAUAUAACAGUAAAUUAGGCAUCAAUAGCUUAUACCUACAUCACUCACUGAAUCUAUUUAGGGAGUAUUUAUUUAUUUUUGUAUUGAGUGCAGCCCAUUGUACACUGAAGCUUUUCUGGUGGUUGAAGAAAGUCUGGCACCUUUUUAAGACACUUGUUUUUUCCUAUCAUUUGUAACCUGACUGAAUAUAAAAAUCCAGUGAGUAACUGCAGUGUAUUUAAGAUAAGAUAUACCUUUUGAUCGUACCACAGUGGGGAAAUCUGUAUGUUAAAGCAGCAAAGAAAAAAAAACUAUAGAGACAUGGUAGAAAUUUGAUUUCAAUAUAAGAUGUAGUAGUAAAAGUUGGGGCACAGUGUACAUAGAAAGAUCUAUUGAAACCCUUUUUCUAAGGGUCUCUCAGUGGGCAUGUCUUUCUGUUGUUUUUAUUUAUUUUCUCCACAGCACUUUAGACAGCCAAAGAAUUUGUUUUUUGGACACUUUAUUUUAUACUCACUAGACACUUUAAUAGGAUAUACCAGAUAUAGAAUAGAUAUACCCUUCGCUCAUUAAUUAAAUUGUUGGUGUGUCAGGGUUUGCAGUGGCUAAUUGUAAUGUUUAAGGAAAGUGUGCGCAGUCCUUCAAACUUCUGGUGUCAUUUGUUCUGCAAUAGGAAUAAUACUCUGCGCUAUGCAUUUACUCUUUACGUGUUUGUCUAAUUUCGAUGAAUUAUGCUGAUGAUCCUCAGGCUGGACUUUGUUGUAUUUUGUAAACAAGUUUUUGAUGCAAAUGCUAGCACCAAUAGGCGCUGCUGGUCAUACGCAUGUUUCCGCGUUCUAUUUCACCAAAAGAAAAAAUAGAAAUAGAAACUGUCGGGUAGAUUGGGUAAAAUCUGCACUUUUUCCACACACUAAGCCUUAUCUCUCUCAAAAAAAAAAAAAUAAAUAAAUAAAAGCACCACUUUGCCUUGAACUGUAACCACAAUGAAUAUACCCUGACUUCUCAACCUUGUUGUUCUUUCCUCUUUUAACUGUCUGAGUGGUGCCUUUCAAAUCUGUCUAUUAAAAUGCAUAAACUUUG